CGCGUAUAUUUGUAAUCUGAACAGAGUGUUCAGCGAGGAAGAUCAGGGCAGAGGAUGUCUAAAGCAAGGCCGCGCGCGGCACCUGCACACACAGAUUAUGUCGCAGAUGAGGGGCUCACCUUCGAGUCGGAAGAAAACCUGAAGGUUGUGACAGCCUUUGAGGGUCUGAAUCUGAAGGAGCCCUUGCUGCGUGGCGUGUAUCAAUUUGGCUUCGAGAAGCCCUCAGCCAUCCAGCAGCGAGCCAUCCUCCCCAUAGUGCAGGGCCGCGAUGUGAUCGCGCAGGCGCAGUCUGGCACAGGGAAGACAUCUAUGAUUGCCAUCUCCCUGGCACAACUCCUAGACCCAAAGCUCAACGAGCCGCAGAGUCUCAUAUUGUCACCCACCAGAGAACUGGCGGCGCAGACCACGAAGACCAUCCAGGCCGUGGCUGAGUUUAUGAAGGUCAGGGCGCACACAUGCGUUGGCGGCACAAGCCUGGGCAAGGACAUGUCCUUGUUAGAGGCUGGGCAGCACAUCGUGUCGGGAACCCCUGGAAGGGUCUUUGACAUGAUCAAGCGGCGCUGCCUGGCCACACGGUCCAUCAAGACACUUGUGCUGGAUGAGGCGGACGAGAUGCUGAACAAGGGCUUCAAGGAGCAGAUCUACGACGUCUACCGAUACCUUCCCCCUGACACUCAGGUGGUGCUGGUGAGUGCCACGCUGCCAGGAGAGGUGCUGGAGAUGACCAGCAAGUUCAUGACAGACCCGCUCAGGGUCCUCGUCAAGCGUGAUGAGCUGACUCUCGAGGGCAUCAAGCAGUUCUUUGUGGCGGUGGAGAAGGAGGAGUGGAAGUUUGACACUCUGUGCGACCUGUACGACACCCUCACCAUCACACAGGCCGUCAUCUUCUGCAACACCAAGAGGAAGGUGGACUGGCUGACGGAGAAGAUGCGGCAGAACAACUUCACAGUGAGCGCGAUGCACGGCGACAUGCCGCAGAAGGAGCGCGACGCAAUUAUGGGCGAGUUCCGCGGCGGCCACUCGCGCGUCCUCAUCUCCACCGACGUCUGGGCCCGCGGCCUUGACGUGCAGCAGGUGUCGUUGGUGAUCAACUACGACUUGCCCAACAACCGUGAGCUGUACAUUCACCGCAUCGGCCGCUCCGGGCGCUACGGGCGCAAGGGAGUGGCCAUCAACUUUGUGCGCAGCGAUGACAUCCGCAUCCUGCGCGACAUAGAGCAGUACUACUCCACCCAGAUUGAUGAAAUGCCUAUGAACGUGGCGGACCUGAUCUGAUCUGAGCAGCGCCUACAUGCACCACAGUUCUUCUGCUGCAGAGCUGCAAGGGUGCUCAUCAAUUCUGCCUGCUGACCCGCAGCAAGGGACCAGAGACGGCUUGAUAUGAUCAAUUUGACAUAAAUGCAAGCACCUCUACAAGUUGCUCCUGUGAAGAGGAGGGCCGAAGGGAAGGUCAACUGCUGCUGCGCGGGUUUUGCUGCCGGGCACAGAGUAUGGAUCAUGCGUGCUCAAACGGACUGACCGAGGACGUUCUUGUGUCCUGACGCUUCCUCAAGACGUACCUUUCAAAAGAGCACGUUUACCUGUAAGAGGGAGGGUUGUCCAAAGAAGUCAUUGAGACUCUGCUUUGUAAGGAAUGUUUGCCCG